AUGUCACACAUGAUUUCAUUUCUAAAAAUCCUAUUUUUUAAAUCAGUAAUUUACGAAAAUUGUUUAACAGAUAAUACAGCUGAUUGUAGAUAUACUGAUUUCUAAAUUUUUGGAACAAGUAAUGCAACCUUAGAAAGGUGUGGAUCUCAACCUAAAAACUUAUUAAUGGGGCCUUAUGGAUUUUAAACAGUAGUGAUCAAGACAUUUACAAAUGUUCCCCCUAAUAAUUUAAUUGAAUUAUAAGUUGGUAUUUGGAAAUUAGACUCUUGGGAUUCAGAAGGAUUUGAGAUAUAUGCAAAUGAGGUGAAAAUAGAAAAUUUAAUAUUGUCUUUAAAUGAAGGUGAAAUGAUAUGCAGGAGUGAUAUUUGGUAAGAUUUACUUUAACCUCUAACAUUAAAAUUUUAAAUAACCGGCAAUGAUUUAACAAUAAAGUUAAAAGAUAAUUUAAACUCUAAUUCUUGGUAUGAAGAUCUUUGGGAUGGUAUAAAUUAAAUAAUUUCUAGAAUCCUGGGGAUUUAGAGACUUUAUUUUAAGACUCGCUAUCCCUUGUGUUAAUUUUUAUAGUGAAUGUAAUUACACUGGAACAUUAUUUUAAAUAUGUUAAGGUGAGCAAUCAAAAUUGCAAAACUAAAUUCCUUUUGAAAUAAAAUCAAUCCUUAUGGGUCCUGGUAUUAUUGUUAAAUUCAAAGGCCCGAACUAUUUUGCAGGAGUAUUAUAAGAGUUCACUUCUUCAUAGCCUUGUUUGAAUGGUUAUCAGGUAUUCAUUUACUCACUAAUUUUUAGUUUCCAAAAGUGCUUUAUGAGGAAUGA